GCAGCCGCUUCUCUCCCGCAGAAACCCCGUAGUGCCGCACAGCAGCGCCAUUCGGUAACUGCAACAGUAUCCAAAAUGGCAGGAGCUGAUGGAGACGACUCUCUCUACCCUAUCGCCGUUCUCAUUGAUGAGCUGCGAAAUGAGGACGUACAGUUACGUCUGAACAGCAUCAAGAAGCUGUCCACUAUUGCACUGGCCCUUGGUGUAGAGAGGACUCGCACUGAACUCCUUCCUUUCCUUACAGACACCAUCUAUGAUGAAGAUGAGGUGCUUUUGGCGCUGGCUGAGCAGCUUGGCAAUUUCACUAUGUUGGUGGGAGGGCCGGAGUACGUCCACUGUCUCCUGCCCCCUCUGGAGAGCCUCGCUACAGUGGAAGAGACAGUAGUCAGAGACAAAGCUGUGGAAUCCCUGCGGAAGAUCUCUCAGGAGCACUCUCCAGUUGACCUGGAGGUCCACUUUGAGCCUUUGGUAAAGCGACUGGCCAGUGGUGACUGGUUCACCUCUCGCACAUCUGCCUGCGGCCUCUUUAGUGUGUGUUAUCCUCGUGUCUCCAGCACUGUCAAGGCUGAGAUCCGCCAACAUUUUCGCACCUUGUGUUCAGACGACACUCCUAUGGUACGUCGUGCUGCAGCAUCUAAACUGGGAGAGUUUGCCAAAGUCCUGGAGCUGGAUUAUGUAAAAAGUGACAUAAUUUCCCUCUUCACUGCUCUGGCCUCUGAUGAGCAGGACUCAGUGCGGCUGCUUGCAGUGGAGGCUUGUGUCAGCAUUGCCACGCUGCUGCCUCAGGAGGACCUGGAGACCCUGGUGAUGCCAACUCUACGCCAGGCUGCAGAGGAUAAGUCCUGGAGGGUCCGUUACAUGGUGGCUGACAAGUUCUCUGAGCUCCAGAAAGCAGUCGGGCCAGAGAUCACAAAGAAUGACCUGGUCCCAGCCUUCCAGAAUCUCCUGAAGGACUGUGAAGCUGAGGUCCGUGCUGCUGCAGCCAACAAAGUAAAAGAAUUCUGUGAGAACCUCCCAGAGGACAAUCGUGAGCAGAUCAUCAUGACUCACAUCCUGCCCUGCGUCAAGGAACUCGUUUCAGACACCAACCAGCAUGUGAAGUCAGCCCUGGCCUCAGUCAUUAUGGGCCUUUCAACCAUCCUGGGCAAGGACAACACAAUAGAGCACUUGCUGCCUCUCUUCCUGGCUCAGCUCAAGGACGAGUGCCCUGAGGUGCGUCUCAACAUCAUCUCCAACCUAGACUGUGUGAACGAGGUGAUUGGCAUACGCCAACUCUCGCAGUCGCUGCUGCCGGCCAUUGUGGAACUGGCAGAGGAUGCUAAGUGGAGGGUCCGCCUUGCCAUCAUAGAGUACAUGCCCUUGUUGGCAGGACAACUGGGAGUGGAAUUCUUUGAUGAAAAGCUCAACACCCUUUGUAUGGCCUGGCUUAUUGACCAUGUGUAUGCCAUCCGUGAGGCAGCCACCUGUAACCUAAUGAAGCUUGUGGAGAAGUUUGGAGCCGAGUGGGCUCAGAACACCAUUGUCCCUAAAGUGCUGGGCAUGGCCAAUGACCCCAACUACCUCCACAGGAUGACCACUCUAUUCUGCAUCAAUGCUCUGUCAGAGGCAUGUGGUCAGGAAAUCACCACUAAGCAGAUGCUACCAGUGGUCUUGAAGAUGUCCAAUGACCAGGUGGCCAACGUACGCUUCAAUGUGGCCAAGUCCCUUCAGAAGAUCGGCCCUGUCCUUGACAGCAAUGCCCUUCAAACAGAAGUGAAGCCAGUGCUGGAGAAGCUGGCUACAGACACAGACAUGGAUGUCAAGUACUUUGCCCAGGAGGCUAUUAGUGUUCUGGCCCUAGCAUAACCGACCCAACAUGGCUGAACCAGACACCCACCCGAAACAGCAACGCAAACACUUUUACAAGAUAUUUAUUGAUGUUCAGGAACAACUGGUUAAUGUAUAGAGAAAGCUGUUAACAAUUGUUUUAUCCUUUUUUCUUCCUCCCUCAUUUUUUUACUGUCCAAUGGUAGUCCAUGUCCAGGCAUAGCACAGGCUUCUUUGUUAACCUUCCUCUUUGCUGUAAAUGGGUGCUUUUACAAAGGCAAAGUGUGAUGAAAUUGACUUAAGUGGUGCAUGCUGACUAAUGUGCUACUGUACUCGCUAGGUAUCGCUAACCAGAACCCUGUCUCACAUUCCUCCCUUUGACAUCCUUGGCCACUGUUGUACUUUAGCCACAGUCAUCGCAGUAUACCAUGUCUGUGUUCGCUACCUAGGAACAUGCUAGCUCUCUGUGCUGCUGCACUUUUUCUCCCAGUGCUAGAUGGAAACUUUUAGCCGCAGAUGGUGCAAUAAGCUGUUUAUUUUGCUGAGCUUCCUCCUGAAUCAGCUCUUUGAUAGCGCUCUUUUCCCAGAGACACUGGUGUGACUCUCCAGAGGAGUGAUUGAAAGGUCUUUGCAGGUCUAUUGUGCAUUUUUUUUUCCAUCAGACCAAACCUGUUGUGUCUCUUAAAUACUUCACAGAUGUGUAAUGUACAAAGUUCUGACAAAGAAGCAAAGGGGCAUCCAUUACUGCAUGUAAUCUGAUGAACUUUCUCAACGAUUGCAUGUACUUAUCAAUCUCAAAUAGUGUACUUUCCCAACUCCAUCUACCCAGCUAGCAUGCCCUUCUGCACUGUUUGUUGUCUGCAGCAACACAGAUUGAAUUGGUCAAACAAAUGAAUUUCCUUGGCCCAAUGUUAUAGGGACCAGCUCAGUUGUAAAGUGUUGCUCAUAAUUAUCCCUCCUCCAGGUCCUUAGUGAUUUUGUUGAUGUGCAAGGGUGGGAAGUAAUAGUCAGUUGUGAUUUUCUGCAAUAUGUUCUCGGCAUUGCUCUUAAUCUCUGUGCCAAUGACUUUGAUUAGCAGUGGUGUUUUCUUUUAGUUUGCCCGGGUAGACUGUCUUCACCUGUCCUGCUCUGUAAAGAGACAAUGUUCUUUUCUGUAAGGGACACUUUAUUCAUCUGACAUUAAUGGGAUGGUAAAACUAAAUUGACUACAGCUAUCAGGACAAACUGCUUGUGCUCUUGAGUCACCCAAUCUUCCCUUAAGUCCAUGCUAAGUCCUCCGCUGAACAUGAGGUUUAAAAGCAUAAGGUCAGUGAACACGUCUAGGGCCACCCGUUUGGAUCUGUGCUUCAAAAUCUCUACACAAUGGAGAAUGAGUGCAUGCUUUCAAAGAAAGUGGGAUGGGGGAUGUGGAGCAUGUGUACGUAAGGCUGCAUAAUGUUUUAUUAUGGGGUGGGAGCUGGGGCGGUUAUGGGCGGGUUGAAUAAAUGUAUCAUCUGUGUUGAUAAAAGAAACUUUUGUCUUUCCCUGAACUACUCCUGCUGUUUCCCUCUCCCUGCUUCCCUCCCCCCUCUCAUUCUGUUCUCUUGAAUAAACCUUAAUUGUUGAUUGUCCUGUAUCACAAAGACUGUGCUUUUAUUUUUAUUUUGAAUUCUCUUCACAAUUGGGAUGCUGUACUACUGUAUCUUGAUCUGAAUAAAGUAACACAAAGGAA